AUGACUGAAUACAAAGGAGCAGUGGACGUCAUCCGUAAAACUUUCAGGUGAGAUGAAGGACUAGCUCCGUCAUUUUCGUUUCCGUUGAUAGGAAUUUUUGAGUAACAUUGUCCAGCGCUCCAAGACUUAUACCUUUAGACAGUCACCUUCUGAAGUUAGCUUUUUGCCGAUUUUCUAGAUACGAAGGGGUGAGGGGAUUUUAUAAAGGAUUGGUUCCUAAUGUUCUCAGGUGAGAUCCCUAACAAAAGAGCUCCCAGAGUUAAAACCUGUCUGGAUGAUAGUGAGUAAUUUGUAGGCUCUAGUUAUUCAAAAAGGCAGAUAACGCUAUCCACUGGAUAAAUCUCUAUCCAGCGCAUAACGCAGUUGGUAUCCAUAAUACUUAUCCACUGGAUAAUGAUUUAUCUGGUUUAUUGCGCCAUAGAAAAUUUGAACAACUGGGGCCAGAACUGUAAUGUAGAUGCCGCCGAUAAAAGGACAACCUCACUUGUCCUCUUUAACAGUAAGCUUGGUCUUCACACGUGAAAGAUCAGUGCAGUUACUAACGCAACUGUGCGUGAAAAAGUCAAAAAACAAAAACAAAACAAAAAAAAAAAAACGGGAGGCGGCAUACGAGGACGUCACUGGCUGCUGCUAUUUGUUCAUUCAUGAGCUUACGUUAUCCUCCCACCCCGCACUAUGUAUGAUUAGUGAAACAAAAGAGGCGGUAGACCACACCACCUGGGAAACGUUUCCUAUUCUUUUUCAACAAUAGAGGCAGUUGGUUGUUUAACAACACUAGGCGAAAGUAAUGAUAUCAAACUUCUCCGAAAUUCGUCAAAAUUCACGAAUUUCGAGGGAAUAUCGGUAAAAUUUCGGUGCAUCUAUUGUCGGCGAAAUUUCGCCCAAUGAGACGAAAUGGGACGAAAAUUCGGCUCAAAACGAAGGUUCAGUACUGUUCGUCCACUUUUGCUGAACUAUUAAUGAGAGGGAAGGAUGAAGGAAGUAAGGCCAAAGGCUUAGAAAUAAUGAUAAUAAUUUAAGAAUUUAUAACGCGCAGAUAUCUAUGUGACUAUAAUCAAAUCACGAUAUUAUGAUUACCUUUUCCACUUUUGAACGCCACUUCCCGAUCGUCUGGUCGGAGGCAAGGUCUUAAACAGACAGCAGAGGGCAUUUUCUUUUGAUAAUGAACUCUGUGACCGGCUGGGAUUUAUACCCGGUCCUCCCACAUGCCGCAUACCAACUAACUUACUUGCCUGAAAUAAGGCUCAUACGAGGAACAAACAAACCAACCAACACACAAAAAAUAGGCAUGGAAAUUUGAAAUGAUAAUGGAAAAUGAUAACUGUAGUUUGACCUGGUUAUAAUGGUCACCCUCGACGGGUAUGUAAGAGACUUGCCGCCUAAUAAAGGUGGUCGAUCAAUAAAAAGACAACAAAAAUUACCCGCUGGGUGUGGCCGUCGAAACGCAACUAAUUGAUAGUCUUCAUAGAAGAGCACUUCAUUCAAUUCUUCAUUGUAUCAUACUAUAAAGCAAUCAACGUCCUUUCAGGCGAACUAUACCAGGGCGACCCUGAUCUGUCGUGAUCUUUCACUUUUUAUUCUUUAAACAAAGUUGCUAACUUGUAACCGCAACGGGGAAAUAAACUUACCGUUAUGAUAAAGCACUAUCCGUUAUCCUGCCGGCCAACCAGACAGUGUAUGUGAGCCCUGACGCUAACACCGAAAUAUCUCAUUCCUUCCUUUUCUCACAUUUACGGGUGGUCGCUAGUUAACACAGGCAAAAAUAACAAGAAAGGCAAAACAUGGGCUGUAAAGGGGUGGCUGAGUUCGCUUAAUAAAGGUGGCCACUCGUUAAAGAUGCCGAUUACAAAGUUUGUACUGUACGCAGGGAAGUUCGGAACUUUGAAAACAACUCGCUAAUACAGUUAAAACGAACAACUAGACAAUGAAACGUAUAGGAAAGACACAUGAAAAAGCAAACAAACAUAGUAAAAGGCACGAGACAAACGUUGUUUGUGAUUACGUUUGUUUGCUUUUGUUUUUACAGAGUGACUUCAGCGUGUGCUCUGACAUUCGUGGUAUAUGAAAACGUCAUCCAUUUUCUUCUGCCGUCCAGCUAA